AAGAAUAGAUUUUCGUUGUCUAACAUUGAUUUGUGUUUAAUUUGUUUUCAAUUCAGUUUCAUCUGUCUUAGAAUUUAGUUAAAAUGGUGUUAGAAAUAAAAUCAAUUUGUUGUGUUGAAAGUUUAAGGAAAAUACCCGAAAUAUUUGGUUUACAAAAAGAUAGCAAUUGGUUAAAUAGUGUUCGUUAUACGUUAUCUGUGAAAACGGGUUGUCUGGUGUUUGCUUAUCGGACAAAAAUUAUUGUUUUAUCAUUGAAAUGGGAUUCACGUUUGCAUCAAUCAAAAUAUUCAAUUACCUGGUCCGAUGAGCUACCUCCAUACGAUGACAUUACUGCCGUCCUUUGUUUACCCAUCACAAAUGAAGCCGAAGAAAUUGUGGCUGGAAUUCUAAUUGGAUUCAACUCAGGAUUGUGCCAGUUGAUCACGACCCGUGGUCAAGUUAUUAUAUCACAGCAAUGGUACCCAGAAGCUGUGCAAAGUAUACAAUUGCCCAAUGAAAAGAAAUCCAUCGAAGAAAUUUAUGUGAUGUAUAAAACAUGUGUGUGUAUUUUACAAAGCAAACAAUUGAUGCAAUCGCUCAGGAACGUCGAGAAAUUGAAUAGAACAAAUAGUCUGUUGGGAAGUGUUGCAUGUCGGGUGUGGAAGUAUGAUGACUCAUACGGACGUUCGGAAGUUGUUCAUAGUUCAGUUAUUGGAUCGAAAAAAAUUGGUUUGUUCGACCAUUUAUUGGCGGCAAGCAUGGAAGGUGGAUUUUAUGCAUCGUAUAAAAGUUCAGCACCACAACAAAUGGCCGUUUUAUCGGUUGGAAUGAGGCCAUUUGCUGCAUUUUAUUAUGCCAAAGAAAUUAUCGUUCAACCUUUAGUAUCGGUGGCAAUUGUUCAGGCUGUUGCUAGUCAAGUGAAAAAUGCUUUACCCUCAUGGUUUCCCGGGGCAGCUCAAAAGCCCCAAUCCGUAUCAGAGCCAGCUCCGCAAAUCUCAACUGAAUCAAUGAUACUUCGCUAUGGUUUUUACGACGACCAUCGAACCGGACAUCGAAUUUGGUUGUCACCGUAUAAUCGUUUAGCAGCUGUUUCCGACAACUUGGGUCGUGUAAUUCUGGUGGAUUGUCAAUAUAAUGUGGUGCUACGUGUUUGGAAAGGUUACCGUGAUGCACAGUGCAGUUUUAUGAAAGUCGAUGAAAAAAUCUCCAGAACUUCAACGCAACAAAAACGACGACACGCUUUAUUCAUAGCAAUAUACUCUCCAAAGCGUUCCACUGUUGACAUUUGGAAUGUAGAACGUGGAAGAAAGUUGGCUGUGUUUCCGGCCGGUCCAAAUGGCCAAUUAAUUCAACAAAAUUCGUAUUCAACCGUUUCCAGUGCGGCAAGUUCUAGUACAAGUUCGGUUGUAUUGAAACCAGCUUACCAUUCAUCGACCGGUGCAUUCUUUUUGAAUCCAACAGAUCUUACGAUUAAAGAGCUUGCCAUACCAUUUCAUUAUGCGCUUGAUGCAUCGAAUACGAAAAAAUCCAAAGAUAUUCAUAUUAUAAAUCAAAUUAAAGCCGACCUCAAAACAAUUGAUCAAGAAAAUAUGUCCGAAUUGGUCGAUCUAUGUGAUAGCAUCCAAAUGAAUGAGAUGCGAUUUAAAUGCAUCGGAUCGUUAAUAAAAAGUCGAUACUUGACACCCGAAAUAUUUUCGAUCAUUUUAAGCACAUUUUUAAAGAGCAUCGAAGGAACACCAGAGACUUCAGAUCAAGAAGAUGAAUCAACACCAACCACGGUGGAAAAUGAUUCGUAUAGCGAUGCACGCUUGUCAAAAUUUCUGCAUAAAUACGAAAGACUGUUAUUGUUUUACAACGGAAUGAAACAGAAAGCAACGCACGAUGACUUGAACGAUUCGGAUGAAGUUAGAGAAUCUGAAUUUGAGGACAUUUUAAAGGUUAUUGAACAGUACAAGGGGUGUUUGACAUUCAAAAAGUCGAAAAAAGUUUCCAUUCUGAGUCCAUCAUCUUCGAACAAUAAUUUUAUCGAAUAUCUAUCAGUUUUUGAUGCAUCGGGUGAUCACAUUCGAUUGCAUGAAUCCAAAAGUGUUCGAUUCACCUCGGUUGGCUUUGAUCUAUUCGAUAGUUUUAUCAAACAUCAUACGACUUUUGAUGGAUUUUAUAAACUUGCAACGAUUUCCACUUUGAAGAAUAAAAUACUGUUGCGACUAUUUUUAAGGUACUGGAUGGAAAAUGACAUUGCGUAUGAUGAUAAAAAUGAAGUAAUCCAUCAUUUGGUUAGUUUUACGCACAUUGUCCAAACCAUUUGUGAUCUGGAUCGUGGAUGCGCCGAACAUCAGUACAGUGCCCUAUCACCGUGGUGGCAAAAUAUUCGUGAGAUGCUACUUCAAUGCUCGAAUGUAUUUAAAUCCCUUCUGGCAGCGCUUUUAUGUCGGGAUUUAUCGGUUUUGUAUCGCCAGAAAGAGGGACAAGACAGUACUGGCGAAGAUGAGGUCUGGGAGCAAGUAUCUCAGGAAAUUGCGCAAUGGUCUCUUUUAAUUGGAAAAUUGGAUGACAUUGCUGCGUUGAGUUCAAUUCUCUCGUUCACUCCGAAAGUCACUUCGCCUGCUGCUGAUGUGGUUGUGCUUGACUACACCAUACCUGACAUAAGUUUAAUGACAAUUUUCAGCGGUGGUAAUGGCAUUGUAUCUGAAUUAGUCGCCAAGUGGAUUGCAUCAACUGGAGUAAAGGCGAGCGCACUUUUCACUCCCGUCAACGAAGAGGAAUUAACCGAACAAUAUACACCACAUUCAGCGGUUACGUAUUUUGAUCUCUUACGUAAACAUUUUCCAUUCAGUCUUCGACCUGGAGCUUUAUUUGUCCACUUAGCAUGGGAAUAUGCGAAUGCAUGGAAUAAUAAUACGGAAAAGUUUGAAUACCUCAAGACUUCCCUUGAGUAUUUGAAUUUAUUCGAGAAACCAGAUUUCGCUUUGAAACAUGGCAUUUGUUGCAUUAUUUGGAACAAUAUUUUGAGAAAGUACAUUCAAACGUCGAUGAAACUUUUGAAUAACAUCGGCCGAAACAGCGAAGAAUCAAAAUCACUCUCAACAUUUAAUGACACGAUGAUCCCUGAAUUCGUAACGCACUGUAAUAAGUUCAUCGAUAUGAUGUCCGAAACUAUGGUCAGUCAACUGGUUGAAUUGAAAUUUGAAGUGCUGCUACAAGAUGGUACCGAGCCCGCAUUAACAUCGCAAGCAAAUAAACAGCGUCGCGCGAAUACACAAAUCGUUGAACUUCAUUCACAACUGUUAGAGGUGAUGUUGAUCAUUUCUUCAUUGAAUGUGAGUGUGAAAGGCACCAUGAAUUCAUUGUUCAAUGAAGUGUCACGUGAACUAUUGGCAUGUGACAUUAGCAAAGAGUUGAACGAAUCGAUUUCAAGGCCAGACGAAGCAAUUAACAAAUCUCGCAGGCAUUUCCUACAUCGAACCAUAAAUGUGGCCGUAGACCUGAUACGAAAGGACUUUCAAGAUGUAUAUUUAACUGAUUUCAAUUUGUGGAUUGAAAAAGUGAUGCUGUUAGCCAAAAAAUGGACAUUGAAUCAGGAGGAAUUAGUCAAAUAUCAAGUAGUUCAAUUGUAUACGCGUGGUUGGGACGAAUGUGCCGAAUCAAAAAUAAAAGAAGUUUCACAACUAUCGUCGAUCGGAAAAAUAUUGCUGUCGAUCACAGGCACCCGCCUUAAUAAUUUCGUCAAAGAUAAACCCGAUUUAUAUUCAAGAGUCUUGACCAGCGGAACUCGCGUGAGCUCGUAUUUAGAACAAUUGGAUGAAUCGUCAUUAAAAUUGCCAGCUCAAUCCGAAGAAGUAGACGAUUUGACCUAUAUUAAUCGAUUACAACGACUUGCAAAAAAGACCUACGAAUGUUUGGCCAAACAAGAGAGUUCCGAACUAAAAUUAGCGGCCCAGUUGCAUGAUGCUUGUGCUGAAGUUAAGGAAUACCUCAAUUCAAUCGAAGCCCCCUAGAUUAUUCCAAUGAUGAAAUAAAUUCAAUUACUGUUAUAUUU